GAACCCCUCCUCUCCUCCAGCUCGGGUCUCCUCCCCGCUCGCUCCAGGCUUUCAGCGGAGGCUGAGACGCCUCGGUGCUCUGCAGAGAAGAAGCCCCUGGCCCGCCCGCUCGUGCGGCCCUCGAAGCGCUAAGACAGCUGCCCUGGUGCAAUCGCAGGAAACCUACAGAACCAUGGCGACUCCAUCUGCUGCCUUUGAGGCACUUAUGACUGGAGUGACAAGCUGGGAUAUCCCUGAGGAUGCUAUCCCAUGUGAACUGCUUCUUAUUGGAGAGUCUUCAUUUCCUGUGAUGGUGAAUGACAUGGGCCAGGUCCUCAUUGCUGCCUCUUCCUAUGGCAGAGGUCGCAUGGUGGUAGUAGCUCAUGAGGACUAUUUGGUGGAAAGCCAGCUCUUUGUCUUUCUUGUCAAUGCCAUUGGAUGGCUUCGUUCCUCCCCUGAGUCUUCCAUUGGUAUACACACAUCUUUAUCACCAUUGGUGAAAAUCCUUGAAAGCUGUGGAAUAGAGUCAACUAUUGAGCCCGAAGCGAAUGACUCCAUAGGAGUUUACUGUAUCGAUGCCUACCAUGAAUCCAUGUCUGAUAAGCUGGUCCAGUUUGUGAAACGCGGAGGUGGCUUGCUCAUAGGAGGCCAAGCCUGGGAUUGGGCUAACCAGGGUGAAGAUGAAAGAAUUCUGUUCACAUUUCCUGGGAAUCUAGUGACCAGUGUGGCUGGUGUGUACUUCACUGACAACAAAGCAGACUCAACUGUCUUUAAAGUUUCUAAGAAGAUGCCUAAGAUUCCUGUCUUAGUUAGUUGUGAAGACGACCUCUCAGAAGACAGAGAUGAACUUCUGCAUGGCAUCUCAGAGCUGGACAUCACCAACUCGGACUGUUUCCCAUCCCAGCUACUAGUGCAUGGGGCUUUGGCAUUUCCCUUGGGGCUAGAUACCUACCAUGGCUGUGUGAUUGCGGCCGCCCGCUAUGGCAGGGGCCGAGUGGUUGUAACUGGUCAUAAAGUAUUAUUCACGGUGGGCAAACUCGGCCCAUUUCUGCUCAAUGCUGUCCGCUGGCUGGACGGGGGCCGCAGAGGCAAGAUUGUGGUGCAGACAGAGCUGAGAACACUAAGUGGUCUGCUCGCAGUAGGGGGUAUAGACACCAGCAUUGAGCCCCAACUGACCAGUGAUGCCAGCGUCUAUUGCUUUGAACCCACAAGUGAUGUGGGAGUUAAGGAGCUGCAGGAGUUUGUAGCAGAGGGUGGUGGGUUGUUUGUUGGAGCCCAAGCCUGGUGGUGGGCCUUUAAGAACCCAGGAGUGUCCCCUCUGGCUCGCUUCCCAGGAAACCUGCUCCUCAACCCUUUUGGCAUCAGCAUCACAAGCCAGAGCCUCAACCCAGGCCCCUUCCGCACCCCUAAAUUGGGAAUAAGGACCUAUCACUUCCGCUCCACCCUGGCAGAGUUCGAAGUGAUAAUGGGCAGGAAGAGAGGGAAUGUGGAGAAAGGCUGGCUAGCCAAGCUGGGGCCAGACGGGGCGGCUUUCCUGCAGAUUCCUGCAGAGGAGAUCCCCGCUUACAUGUCUGUGCACCGACUCCUGAGGAAGCUGCUGAGCCGCUAUCGGCUCCCAGUGGCAACCCGAGAGAACCCUGUCAUCAAUGACUGUUGUCGGGGUGCCAUGCUUUCCCUGGCCACAGGUCUGGCCCACUCUGGAAGUGACCUCUCACUACUAGUCCCAGAAAUCGAAGACAUGCACAGCAGCCUCUAUCUGCGCCCUUCAGAGUCCCCAAUCACCGUGGAUGUCAACUGCACCAACCGAGGCACUCGGUACUGCUGGAUGAGCACCGCUCUCUAUAUACCUGGACGGCAAAUCAUAGAAGUCUCCUUGCCCGAAGAUGCUGCCUCUGCGGACCUGAAGAUACAAAUUGGCUGCCAUACUGAUGACCUGACCAGGGCCAGUAAGCUGUUCCGAGGCCCCCUGGUGAUUAAUCGGUGUUGCUUGGACAAGCCCGUGAAAUCCAUCACCUGCCUCUGGGGAGGUCUCCUUUAUAUCAUCGUGCCUCAGAAUAGCAAAUUGGGGUCUGUGCCCAUCACCGUGAAGGGGGCUGUCCGUGCUCCAUACUACAAGCUAGGGGAGACAUCCCAGGAAGAAUGGAAGAGGCGUCUCCAGGAACAUCCUGGUCCGUGGGGAGAGCUGGCCACUGACAACCUCAUCCUGACUGUGCCAACUGCAAAUCUCCGAGCUCUGGAGAAUCCGGAGCCACUCCUCCGCCUCUGGGACGACGUGAUGCAGGCUGUGGCAAGGCUGGGCGGAGAGCCCUUCCCUUUGCGUCUGCCGCAGAGGAUAGUGGCCGAUGUGCAGAUCUCAGUUGGCUGGAUGCAUGCCGGGUACCCCAUCAUGUGUCAUCUGGAGUCAGUGCAGGAGCUCAUCAAUGAGAAGCUCAUCAGGACCAAGGGGCUGUGGGGCCCUGUCCAUGAGCUGGGCCGCAACCAGCAGAGGCAGGAGUGGGAGUUCCCACCACACACCACUGAAGCCACCUGCAACCUGUGGUGUGUUUAUGUUCAUGAAACCGUCCUGGGCAUACCUCGAAGCCGAGCCAAUAUUGCCCUGUGGCCCCCUGUUCGGGAAAAGAGAGUCCGAAUCUACCUGAGCAAAGGGCCCAAUAUCAAGAACUGGAAUGCCUGGACAGCGCUGGAAACAUACUUACAGCUCCAGGAGGCCUUUGGCUGGGAACCAUUUAUUCGUCUCUUCACUGAGUACAGAAACCAGACCAACUUGCCCACAGACACUGCUGACAAAAUGAAUCUGUGGGCGAAGAUGUUCUCACAGCAAGUGCAGAAGAAUCUGGCUCCGUUCUUUGAGGCCUGGGCCUGGCCCAUCCAGAAGGAACUGGCUACCAGCCUAGCCUAUCUGCCUGAAUGGAAGGAAAAUAUAAUGAAAUUGUACCUCCUCACACAGAUGUAAGGAGUGCCCAUCGAGGUGUCAGGUAGAGAGGUUUGGGGAGGCCCCAGUGAAAACUAAAGUGGAGGAAUACAAAAGAGAACCGAGACGGCUCAGCAAAGGAAACUAAAAGCAUUUGGUUGGACCAGAUCUCAACACAUUUCUGGAAGAGAUAAAGUAAAUGAAGCUUGAUGGUGAAUGGGAACCAUGACGGCACAUUUCAGAAAGAAUACGCUGACCUGACCAUCGUAACCCCAAAGAGACUUGAGCACUAGAAAAGUCUAGCUACUAAAUAAAUGUACCAGUUGUAAAUUGACCCCCAUUCUACUCUGCCCCAACCCUUGUACAUAGAACACAGAAAAUCUACCAUUGGUAGCAGUGAAGCUGUUAUUGUUAUUGCUGUUUGAAUAAAGGAAUCAAAUGAACCGCCUGAGGAGAGGUAAGAAUUAGUGCUCCACGUGGUGUUCUUUUCAUGGAAAUGAUGCCCCCUAGCCUGUCUGUUAAUUUUCUUCUGAGAGUAGAGACCCCUAUUUACAUACCCACAGCUUCUAGUCAUAGCAGAUUUGCUGGAGAAACAGGAGUCCUUUAAAAAGACAAAACUUAACAUAGAUUCUUAAUGUGGAUUUCCUGACAGGAAUUCCAAGCAUGGAAGGGACCAAGGGAGACUCAUAAAAAAAUAAUAACUUAGGUGUAUGAAGGUUGAAAAAAAUAUUAUAAACUAAAGGAAACAAAAUUCAUACAGGAAAAAAAUCCUUAAAAUUCUGGGCAUCUCUCCAAAGGGAUUUAAGGUGCAUUUGUAAGAGAAUAUAUAUAGUAGGAAAUUUCUGAACAUUUUAAAAGCAAAACAAGACUGCCAGAAAUAUUCAGAUAGGCAAGAAAAUGAAAUAGAAUGAACCUCCCCAUAUGCACAACAAAAUGAAAUAACCAACAAUAGGAAGGAAGGAAAGAGAAAUAGGCAAUCACUGUUUAACCACUACUGGGUUCCCAGGAGACAGGACAUUGAUAGCAUGGACAAACAGAGGAGAAGAAAGACUUGAGGAACACCAGACUGAGGGGACCCAGUACCAACGACAUCUAGGUACAGUGCUAAGAAAACUUGGAAUCGUAGGGUUAGUGAGAACAUAUUCAGAAUGCCCAGGGAAGAGGAAACAGGCCAACCAAGCCUGGAUGGGCAGAGUCUGGCCACUUCCGCAGCAACACUGACUCUACAGUCAAGGAAACAGUGGGUUCACUUUUGAAAACUUUUGUUUCCAGAAUUCCAUGUAGGGCAGAUUGUCAAGAGCAACGUAAAACAUAAAAAUACCUUUUGGCAGGUGAGUUUUUAGAAACCCUCUUUCCCUCCUUUGUACUCUUAUUAAGGAAGUUUUCCAUCUUAAAAAAAAAAAAAAAA